AUGAACGAGCUCCUCCACGCCAACGCGCCAAAGGUGCGCUUUCGCCUGCCGCGAUUGGAGCCUGCGCGAUUUCAGGAAGUUCUGAACGAGGUGCGCAACCUCCGGGGCGAAGAUCUAUACCUUCAGAUGCGGCAAGCACGGACGAGCAGCCUUCUUUCCAUGAAUGAGAGGCAAGCAACAGACGAGAGAAGUGGGAGCAUGGUCGACCUUGAGGAUGGAGUGGUCGCCGGAGACGCCACACUGUCUCUCGAGGCCGCAAGUUGUGGAACACAGGGCCUGGAGAUAGAGGCCGAUCCCUCCCGAAAUGCCAUGAUUCGGCAUACGGCAGCCGCUGCAGUGAUGGCCUUCGUCAUCACCGGCCUGUUGUCAAUCAGCCCCAUCGACACAAAUGUCGCCAGCCUGAUGGCAGCAAUCUUCAGCUUGCUUCUUCACUUCGUUGCUCUAGCAUAUGCAUGGACGCAUCAAUUAUCUUGGAUCUUCCUUGCGCUGAACGGUGCUGUCGGCAGGCUCGUUUCAUCACUGGACGAACCAGUUGACUGUUACGGCAGCAAGCUGGUCGAACCGAUCGAAAAGCUAGAGUCGGCUGUGGACAUGGUGGAGAUGGAGCAAGCCAUGAUGGUCAAGCGCAUGCAGGAUGUGACUGAUCAGAUUGGCUGCUGUGCCGGCAUCUGUUGCAAGCUGAGCCAGGAAUACGAGAAAGAAGUGAAGGAAAGAGUGCCGGACUUUGACGUGCCAUCUACCCGUGGCGUGCGCGAGCCGAUCGUGGAGUGCAGCGUGCUCGGCGCCGGACGGAUCAGCAACUUCUUGGAGGAAGCCAAGGCAGCCUUGCCCGACCAGGUGGAAGAGCAAAUUCAGAAGCACCGUCUUGGCAGCCUCGUAACGCGAAGAUCUGCCUUCGACUGCUGGUUGGUGCAGGUGCCGCUGAUCUUCUUUUUGGUAGUGAACCUCUCAGGCCUCAUCUGCUCCGAGAUCCUUGCAACGGACUUGGCCUCUGCCCUGGCAUCGGCAGCGCCGGCACCUCCGGCGCCCGACAAAUCUCUUGAUUGGGACCUGGGCCCGAUCGGGCGUCGUCUCCAAGGCGACCCCAUGCUCAAGAACUUGGAGGAGCGGUUCCCGGACGUGAGCUUUUCCAUGCAGGAUGGUGAAGCACAGACGCCAGAAGUCGCAGCGCUACCCUUGGCGAGCAAAGCUUUGGUGGUCUUCUUGCCAUGGCUGGUCCAGCUGAUUUUGGCUUGGGUUGAGCUCCUGGCAGGCCUCUACUUCACGCGCGCAUCACGUCUGAUGGCCUUGGUCGGCAGCGUCACGGGAGAUGUCGAGAGAAGUUGCAAUACAUGGCUCGACAAGCAGGGCAAAGGGAUUCCGGCCGAGGUCUUCGCGACCUUCGGCAAGGUCCAGAAGCAAGCCGAUAGCUUCUUCCCGGCUUUCCGGCAGCGGGUGGGGCAGCUUGAAGAGUACCUCCGUGCCACUGCAAAGGCGGCUGGUCAAAGAGAGAGGAUCUCCCCGAAACUUGGGCACGAGAAGGGGUGCGAUGCAAGGUUCAAAGCACUGCAGGAAAGCAAAGGAUGGUUUCUGCUCGAGGAGCGUGUCUGGCCACUUGCCACAGGACUGCACCCGGAGUGGUCCAUUCAGAGACGCUGUGACCUUUCAGGUCAGGAUGCGGAGGCGGACAACGCAGAUGUUGACUGCGCAUUGCGUGCGAGAUGCACUUCGCCGUUGUCUCCGAUCCCUGCAGCCAGCGAAACAAGCUUGAUGAGCUGGUCGCACUCGCAUUCGCUCGCUGCCAUGCUGGAUUUUGCCAUGUGGCACAUGGUGUGCAGGUUGAUAGUGAAUGCCUCGACGGCACUUUGCCGUGGCAUCACGGGCGCCUUCCUCGCUGCCGUGCUGUGCAAGGGUCCCCAGAGUCUUCUGUCGCUGGUCCUGGACGUUUGGGAGGUAUGCCAGCUGUUCAGCCAAGUCAAGCACCGCUGCAAAGAACUGGAGCCGAAGACCGCUUCCUACGAGGCUCCGGUUCUCAGCGUCCGCUCCUUUGCCUGGGCGGGGUCGCUGGCUGCUGCUGCCGUGGUGCUUUCGCAGACCAGGCGUCAUGCACCUAGCAAGAGCCAGUCACCUGGCCCGCGGGUGGUCAUGCAUGCCAGGUCAGCCAGACCCACCACCCCGGCCGGCAGCCCCAAGAACAAGCGACGGAUGCGGGCAGGAAGGAUGAGGCCCAUCUACAAAGGCAGGCAGCUUGCUGUUCGGGUUAACCCCAAGACAAACAAGCCUGUGCGGUACAAAAUGCACGUCAUGCCGGGCGACACCGUCCAGGUCAUGAAGGGCAAGGACGCGGGUAAGGUGACCGAAGUGCUGAGAAUCUACCCCAAGUGGAACAAGAUCCUCUGUCUGGGCGUGAACUAUUGCAUCAAGCAUGUCAGGCCACAGCGCGAAGAUGAAGUGGGCCAGCGAGUACAGGUGGAAGCUCCUAUGCACUCGUCAUGGGUCAUGCACUAUGACGAAGACGAGGAAGUAGCUGGCCUGCUGGGCGUGCGAUUCAAGAAGAAAACCUUCAAGGACGGCACAGAGAUCGUGAAGAAGGUGAGAUACAACAAGUCGACUGGAAACGAAAUCCCCGUCAGGGCACCAUCGAGGUGGAUUCCUGUUCUCGACCGCGUGGAGGAUGAAGACUGA